GGAAGAAAUUAGGAGCAUUUACCUUCAGCUGAAAAUUGUUCCCUUAUGUGACAUGGCGUCUGAUAGGAAAGUCAGUUCUUAAGCGGGUAUAAAAGCCAUUGUUGAUUUUAUGACAUCAUUUUGCGUUAGGGCUUAUUGUAAAAGCCGCCGAUUUUCUCUAGACACUUGCAUUGAUGGUAAUGCAUGCAAGGAAAACGCAACGGAUGAGCGAUGGGUACUUCGAGAAGCACCAAACCCAUCCAUAUCAGAAUUCAAAAUAUGGCUCAAAGGGUUAUGGACCAAGCAGUGAUAGGUAUGACAAAUUCCGCGAUUCACCAAACGGAAAUUACCGAUCAGACAGUCCUGAUUCUCAGUCGCCGAGGGAUCGAGAUCGAUCAUACCAGUCCAAGGGCUCCUAUCUACAGAAAAUACGUGAAAAGGAGAGAGAAAAUAGAGACUAUAAGGUGUCGAGGGACAAAUAUUCGGAUUGUAAUAGAUCUCCUAAAGAUAAAAGGAGCCGAGAGUCUGAGCACAGAACCAAUAAUGAUAGGAAUGAUGAAAAAAGCAUCUUGCAUCCAAUAAAAUCAGCUCAGAUGUCCAGGGACAGGAAGCCCAUUCAUAAUAAUUGUAUAGAUAAAAGAGAUGACAGGGAUAGGGUUACUAAAGUUGGUGAUUGGUCAGAGCACGUCAGUUCAUCUGGUAAAAAGUAUUAUUACAACUGCAAGACAGAAGUGUCCCAAUGGGAAAAACCAAGAGAGUGGAUUGACAGGGAAAGGGAUCGGUUCAGAAGCCGAGAAAGGGACAGAGAUGAUAGGAGCUACAGUAGUUCCAGUCGAUCAAGCAUGCGUCACGAGAAACAUUCCAGCUCGAGAGGGCCCAAUGGUGGCAGUAGCAGUAGUAAAGACGGCGGCCGGCAUUGGAGCAGCAGUAGUAAUAGAGAGGUCAGUGAUACCUCGUCGAAGGAGUCAUCUCGUUCUUGUUUGUCUAGGAGGCAUUCGAAUCCGGACAAUGUGCAAUCAUCUGUGGCACAAGACAUGGAUAUUUCACCCGGCGAUAGUACGCCUACCUCGGAGGUGUCUUAUAGCACCAACUCGUCGCAGCAGACGUCGUUAGUUGUGGAACAGCCGGUCGCGGGUCCCGUUUUGCUGGCUAAUGCCUUACCUCGUCUCGUAUCACAUCCCGCGACCGUGGCGGUGCUUCCGCAAGCCACGCCUCCGGCGAUGCUACCCAUAGCGGCUACGGUCAAGGUGGCGACGCCCACCUUAUGCGUUGCCUCUCCGCCACAGCCUCAGCCGGCCUCCAAUACGCCUUGCCCCCCAUCCCAGGGAGCAAUUCCAGGCAUAUCCGUUGCCCUUAGUCGAUUAAUUAGCAAUGAAGAUCCAAAGAAGGUGGAAGCGUUAACCGUGGACACUAAUCAUAGCGGAGCGGUAGGGGACGGACCACCGACACCCACGCACUCGGAAGUUCUCGAUUGUGCUAAAAUAGUACCUAUGCCGACGGGUAGUCCGCCUGGGGGCACGAUCCCCACGUUGCAGGGAGUAUCGAGUUCCUUGCAGGCGCUGCGGCCUCAAGGUCCUACGAUUACGCCUUCUUUAGCGAACCAUUAUCGGGAUGAUUUGGUUAACCACGUGAGGGGCUGGCCCGCGGAAAUAUUAGAAAAGCAGGCUAACAAAUUGGCGGAAGAAGCACACAUAAUGGGUAGUAUACAGUGUUCAAAAGUGUCGGCAGAUUUAAAGUCGGCGAGAUCGAUAGUCCGUUUAACCGAAAUACAGGCAACAUUACAAGAGCAAAGGAUAUUGUUCUUGCGUCAGCAGAUUAAAGAAUUGGAAGAGCUGAAGUCACAGAAUUCAUUUAUGUCGGACGACUGUUAGUGAUAAGGUUAUCACAAGAUUUAGUGUAACAAAAGGUCUGUUUCACUAUUGAAUCAGUUUUGCAUUAUUUUAUGUUUUAAGUAACUCGGUGUACAUUAAACAAAAAAUUGUUCCCCUACGGUACAAGUGUCUACUGGCUUGAUGAAAUGGUUUAAGUUUUGUAUAGCUAACUGACGACUUCAUAAAAUUUACGAAAGUGACUUUGUAUUAUAUCGGUUUUAUGUUUUUUAGGAUUUAGAUAAAUUAAUAUAACGUUAUGAUACUAUAGUUUUUCAGAUUGUGUAUAUUUUCAUUUGUUUAUAAACAUUCGUUUUUCUUGUAACCGGAUACACACAUGUGAAUGAAUUUCCAUUAUUUGGACUAUUAUUGUAACGGUUUUUAAAUGUUGAAUAUAUUUUUUCUAUUUAUUUGUUUUUUUUGUUCGUUUUUUUUAACAUACUUAUGCACCAUACUUGAAGCAAUUGACCAACUGCCAAAUGAAAGUAUACACAAGUGGCACCUGAAAGCGGUUCUCAAUUUUUUUUUUUAACGCCGAACUCAUUACAAUAUCUAUUGUGAUGGACACGCGAGUCUAUAUUUUUCUGACGCAGGUACCUGAAGUUGUUUAUUUAAAUUUUUGUUAAGUGUGGCAUCUCACACUUGGCUUUUUUCAGCAUAAGCCGAAAAUAAAAGGCGUUUUGUUGCCUACACUUCCUGCGCUGAAACAAUGUUGAUUAUUUUAAUUUAUUGAAUUAUUGAAUUUGGAUGAAUAGGAACUCGGUUUUUUUUCAGAUAUCCCUUCAUUUUCAAAAUACAGUACGGUAAAGUUUUUCUUAUCUCUUUUUAAUAAUUUCAAGCGACGGAGGAUUUAGCAUUGACUUUAAAAGAAAUAGAAUUUACCAACUUUUGCCUCUUCAAUUCAAGUAUUUUAAUAUGUUGCUUCAUUUUCGCGAGAAAAAUUAGUAAAAUCGUUCUAAUGCAUGUUCACAAGUAAUAUUAAAAAAUUAUGAUAAAUGUACAUGUACAUGUACAGGGUGAUCAAUGAAUAAAGGUAUUAGUCCCUAUCUGGAAAGGUAAUUCAAGAAAUCGCCAAACAAGCACGCCAGUAAAAACCGUAUUUGGAUUUUUUUCCAAUUUAAAUUAUCAUCUAAGAAACACCCAGAUAUUUAAUAUUUUGAACCUUUUCAGUUGUAAUUUCUAGCAAAUUUUAAGUGUUCAAUAUGAAAUGUAAUUUAAAAUAAAUCGUAAAAAUAAUGAUUAAAUAUAUUAUGCUUUUUUUUUAAAUGUCACUUGUGGACAUGCUUUAAUGUGCUUUUUAUUUAUUCUCGGCAAUUUUGCUGUUUUUCAAGUUCUAGUAAAUAUCAAAAUUUAAAAUGAACCAGUACCAUCGUUUUGUCAAUAUAUUCGUAAAGAAACCUUCAGGGAUGUCACUGCUCUAAAUCAGUCACGCAAUAUAUGGUAUAAAAUAAGCUUUUCCAGCAGACUGUGGUGUAGUUGCAGCCAUAUAGUUAUUAGAUAAUAUAGUGACCGUAACUGUUGAUUCACGCCAUGUCAGCGGCCAUGUUACCUGUUGAACCUUACUAGAUGUUCUGGAGAACUGUAUUUUUUUUUCAAAUUUGGUGUAUGGCCAAAGGGCCCAUACACAAAAUAUUUUCGCACCUCUAGCGCUGCCGAUUCAAGUAUGUCUUCUGGUUUGGCGCAAAGUUCUAAGUUAAUGUUCCUAUGAAUAUCUAUUUCCUUUACUUCGGAAAAAAGAAUUGCAGAAGAGUAGCCAAAGUAUAAUCUUACCUGGAAUUUUUGGAACACCCUGUAUUAGCAAAUCUAUAUAAUGUAAUGUAAAUGUAUUAGCAAUUUUGAAAUAGGUAACUUGUUCACACAGAAAGCGGGGCUCGUCGGCCAAAAAAAAUCUUCCGAAGUGAGGCAAAUCGAUAACAUAAGUAGACAUAUUAACAAAAGUUACUCAGAAUCAAAAAACGUACAUACGUACUAUUCCGUUUGUAUUUCCAAUGUUAUCCAUUUUGAGUUGAAUUGGCAACGCCGCAGGUGCGUAAAUAUUUCAAAAAGGUGAUGCGGCAUGGCCAUAUACCCAAUUUAAAAAAAUAACCUAUUUAGUUCUUCCGAAUUUCUAAUAGGACGUUUAUAUCUAGGAUCUAUAUGGUUGCAGUCCGUUGCUACAUUAGGGCGGUGCUUAGUGACGUUGCUUUUCGCCAAAUAAUGACCGUUUUUCUACAUUUAUUGGAAAUGUGUUUGUCUUUAAUUUCUGAAAAUUCGAAGAUAAUCCGCUAAAAAGAAAAUUAAAAAAAAUAAAAUCGUAGAAAAUUUAAAAGUAGAAAAAAGUAAAAGCUUCAUUUAAACGUUUAUUUGCAAAGAAAAUUGUUUAAAUGGCAAUGUUUGCAAAAAGUAUAAAAUUUAUGUCCAGUUAUCCAAGUUGUUUUGAAUUUUACUUUAAUUGUUCCUAUUUUUCACCAACUUUGAUUAGCAAUCCGUGUUACUAACAAAUGUUUGGAGUUUAAGAGUUUAGAGUUAAGCUCUGAAAAAGCUAACAGAAUGAAAUUAAUUAACAGAUAAAUUCAGUUGAAUUGCAUUUGAAGAAAGCAAUAAUGUGUAGGGGUUCAAUAUAAAACAAGCAAGUUGACACUUCCGGUAUAACCGUUAAGUGCUGUCGCCAUCAUGUAUAUAAGUUUGCGUGUUAGAUGUCACCUUGUUUUGCUAGCUUUUAUACAGGAUGUUUCAUUAUAAGAUGAUAAUCCUUAAGGAUGAUUAAAAAAAAAACUUAUUUCAAUGUGAAUUCGCAACCGGUUUAUUUUUUAUAUACAGGGUAUAGCAAUAUUUCAAAGGAUUCAAGGAUUCCGUUCUAACUGUUACUUUUUUGCUUAAAUUUUCUAAGAUUUUAAAGAUAGACUUUUUCAAUUGUUUUAUGCAUAUGAUUUAUCUAUUUUACUCCAAAAAUAAAAGCCUGAAAGGAUUUUCUUAUCACUUUAAAGCGUCAAGAACGUCAUAAAAUAAAUUUGAGUUCUAAAAUCAUAUAAAAUCUUUGUACUAUUUCAUCAACUCCAUUUUUCACUAGACGUUUCAUAAAUCUCAAGGUAGGUGGCGCUCGAGUCAUGUAAAUUCAAAUUCGUUAAAUUUUAAAGACAAAAGUUAUUGAACCGGAAUUCAGUGUUAACUUAAAACAUUAACCACAAAGUUGUAUUUUUUUUAAAUUUAGAUCACUUAUUGCAACAUAAAAAAUUAAGAAUUUAUAGAUGAAUUUUAGAAUUGGGCUUGAGACGAUACUGACAUUGUAGGUUCUCUCUGAAUGAAAAAUUAUUUUAUAUAAAAAAUAUGUUGUAGUAUGUUCAUAAUCAUCUAAUUAAUACAAAAAUUUCAUUAUGAGAUUAUUAAUUAAGUAAUAUAAGACAUAAAAAAUCACAGUUAAAACAGAUUCACCGAUAUGUUUUUUUAAUUAUUAAAUAUGAUUUUCUAUAUUUUUGUCGAAAACGCUGCAUUGAACGACGCAAAGUCAAGAGACCGUUUUUACUCAGAUAUUAAUCGCCACUUUCAAGAUUGGGAAAACCGUUUUUUUUUUUUGUAAAUUGCAACACCCUGCAUAUCAAAAAUAAAGCCAUUGCGGACCUACAUUGAUGUAAUCUUUUUUUGUCAAUCAACAUGCCCUUAAGGGUGAGCAUUUUAUUAUGAAACACCCUCUAUACUGUGACCUUUUUGAAUUGGAGUCGGCCCUGUAAAAUGCGAUCUAGAAAUUGUGCUUUUCUGGUAGGAUAUUAAGUAUUCCGACUCAAAUUUUCGUGUGCAUGGCAUUUUUAUCGAAUUUUAUCCUACACCACCAACUGCGCUGUUGCUAGUUGUUCAAAUUCUUUCAUUUGACACAAGAAAAAUAAAUGCCCUUAUUUAUUAUCGAUGAUCUAAUAACUUAAUUUUAUUCUUUUUAUAACGAUCGUGGGUGCGUUCCUAUAUAAAUUUGUACUUUUUUUACACCAUUAAAAUCUACAGAAUGUACACCAAAAAUUUCAAUAUGGUAUGGGUGUUUACUGUUUCUAACAUCUUCGGUUAGCGUUGAUAAUCCAACUUCAGGUAUUAAUGUGAAUGGUUACUUUGACUGCAUCGGACUAAUUCUGAGGUGUGCUGUUAUCAAACUCUGAGGAAUCCUAAGUCAUGCCUAUUUUUUUAGCACAUAUUAUUUGGCUUUUUUUUUGUAGUUGUCUACAUGUAAUUUGAAGUGUAUGUCUGUUGAAUAUAAUCUUAUAAAACUCAAAUGUU